UGGCGGUUCUAGACGGAGGAGGGGCAAAACGGCAGCAGAAAAAGAAAAAAAAAAUGUUGCAAGCACCUCCGCUACACCCUCAUCCACAGUGACCUCCAAAGACCCCACGCCGGCAAUGGACCCUUCGCUGUUCGUUCCACAAGACAAGGCGAGGCAUGACAGGUUGCAGAGGGAGAAACCUGUGUGGAAGUACGCAGAACAGGGUCAGGAAGCCGGGGAGAAAGGGAGAGGCGAGUAUUGGGUGAGGUGUCGGUUGUGCAUGCAGAUUUGGAGGGGCACGAGCUCAAGAGCGGUGGAACAUUACAUGAAGACGCAGAAGCUGUGUCCAUCGUGCACAGGGGAAAUAGUGAAUGAGCUCGUCAAGUCCGUGGGAAAAAUGUUGCCGGGUGAUAAGAAUACGCGGUACUUGCUGAAGAAUUACAGACAGCUGCACGGGAUUCCGGAAGGGGGGGUCGAUCAAACGGAGAAGGCCGACGAGGUGGUUGAAGUUCCCGUAUACCUUGAGCCACAGCCACCGCCCACUGCGGGCAGGGCUGCUCCACCAUGUGAUGCAGGGGAUUUGCACAAGGAGAACGCUUUGGAGGCGGCGGGGGGUGAGGAGUCGGGGUCGAACACACGGCUGUCCUCACUACAUCAGUCAACAAUAAGGAGGUGGGUGGACAAUGAUGCACAGAAGAAACUGGACAUCGCAUGGGCGAAGGCCAUGUUUCGUGCUGGGAUCCCAUUCAACUUCCUGAACUUUGAUACCACCUAGAAACUCCAAGAAGUGUACCUGCAGGUGGCAAAGUCAAGACCGCAGGUGAAACUGCCCUCCUUCAACCACAUGAGGACCGUCAUGUUGGAUA